GGGGCUGUGCUGUAGUGGUGCAUAAAGAGAAACAUCUUUCUCACGGAGAAAUUUAUACAGAUGUGGAUGUGAAAGCAGUGACUGAGGAGGCAGAGGCAGUGUCAAGUGUCAGUGUCGGUGUCGGUCUUAUUUCACUGCAACACCUGGCUCCAGCCCUACAGUACAGCAACGCUUUCCCCCAAAUGACGAUGGCGGAUGACACGGAGGAUGUUGAGCUGGACUUUGCUGCUGACGAGCAGGAGAGGGCGCGGAGAAGCGCAGUUAUAAGACACCCCCUCGCCUCCUUUUUCCACCUGUUCUUCAGAGUGGUUGCCAUUGUGGCCUAUUUGCUCUGUGACUGGAUCAGCAAGAACUUUGCAUCAUGUUUUGUCCUGAUCAUCACUCUGCUUUCUUUUGAUUUUUGGUCGGUCAAGAAUGUGACUGGCAGGCUGCUGGUGGGGCUGCGGUGGUGGAAUCAGAUUGACGAGGAUGGAAGGAGCCUCUGGGUGUUUGAGGCCAAAAAAACCUCCCGGGGCAAUAACACUGGAACAGAGGCAGAGGCCAGGAUAUUUUGGCUGGGUCUAAUCAUCUGCCCUCUCAUUUGGACAUUCUUCUUCUUCACCUCUCUGUUCUCCCUGAAGAUCAAAUGGCUGUCUCUUGUGGUAGCUAGUAUUUCCCUCCAAGUGGCUAACCUCUAUGGUUACUUACGCUGCAAGGCAGUGGGACAAGAUGGCCAGUCUCCAGACUCCCGCUCUUUUACAGGACAGCACCUCCUGCAGCGUCCAGACAUCAUCUAUGGAAUACUAUGAAGAUUACCUCCUCUAACUACACAGCUACUCUCCUGUGCUUGUGUGUGUUCGUGGGUGUGUGUGUGUGCGAGUAAGAGAUACAGAGAGCUGCCUCAUCUCCAGAGUUUCCACAAACUGCAUCUACUUGAAUGGCUGUGUGCCUUGUGCAUGCCUUUGUUUCAUGCUGCUGCCCAUGGAUCA